AUGUCGAAUCAACCGCCCACUUCGUUUAGUGGUCAACCCAGAUAUGUGCAACAGUGGCCGCCACCUUAUCCUGCAAUGAUUCCUCCCAACUUCCCCCCGAAUCCUGAAUACCAAGCUUCAGCUCCUCCACCUCACGUCCAUCCUUCGCAAGCCUUUGAGUAUAACAUGGCCAGUGCGACUGCGAAUGCCAACUCGCGCAUCCCAGCUCCAGGCAGCUCUAGCGACCAAGGGCUUUUCUUCCCUCCCCAUUUUCCUUACAUGAACCAGCUCGAACCAUCACAACUUCCAUUCCCAUUCCCCCCGAUACCCAUGUCCUCAUUCGGGUACCCGGCCAUACCUGCCCCACCAGGGUCCAAUAUCCCGCCAGGGUCAUUCAAUCCCUAUGGAACUGUCGCGAGUGGACCAUCGGAGUCUCAACCACGGGUGAGAGAUGUCUCGAGCCCGACGGACCCAAAUCGCGAGGAGGGCGAAGUUAGUGAGGGCGAUGGUGGACAAUCCGUCGAAUCAAGUAAGGGUACAAUGGCUGCACCUAGCCAUGCACCUGCUGCUCCAAGAUCAAGUCUGAAAGAAGGUGAGACUGUAUCUUCACGGCCAUCAACUUCAAGCAGAAGCAGUUCCCGUAUGAGCAUCUCAGAGUUCCAUCGUCACCGGUUUUUCACUGACUUUCGCACAGCUUACAACCCACCUUUGUCUGUUUCCGCGGAUGCGGAUGUCGUCAAUCGUGCAAUAGAGCUGCAGAAGCGAGAUGCUACAGAAGCAACCUCCCAAGAUAUACAGUCUGCCAGGUCGGCAGCUCAGCUCCGUGUUCAAGCGCAAGGAGCUUUGCUCAGUUUGGCGCCCCAUAGUAUUCGAUUUCACGAGCUAGUGGCGGAAGGCAUCAAUCCAGCGAUUCUGAAGCAGCUUUACGAAGAAGUUGGCAUCAGGGUUGCGACACCCCAGCCCACUGAACCGGUAGUGGCACCUUCGACCGAUGAAAUUGCGAAGUCUCAACGCUCUACCCCAUCUAAAAGACAUGCGGAGCCUGCCGCACUGGAAAAGAACAAUGCCACGCAGCAGUCCGUUCCUGGAACGGCCCAAUCCAAUUCAAGCAAGCCCAUGGAGAGAAAGGAGCUCAUUGCGAAAAUGCUUGCUGCUAAAGCUGCAAAGGCUCAGUCCUCGGGGCCCAAAGAAUUGUCAAAAGAGCCUCAACCGACUGCAGUUACACCAAGCCCAUCAACCACUCCUUCCAGGGGAAAUGCUAAGGAGAAUGGAGUCGCGGUCAAGGAGAAGAAUAAAGCUCAAACGGAAUUGGCAAGGAAGCGGAUCGAAGCGCUCAAGAAACAAGCAUUGCUGAAGAGCCAGCAAAUGGCCCAACAGCUCAAUCAGGCCUCCCAGGAAGAGCAGUCAUCGACUCUUCCAGGAACCCCGGUACCAGCCGUUCAUCAUCCACUACCUGUCCGCCCUCCUGUCCCGCAGUCAUCCGAACUCAGUGGCAUUCCGGGUCUUUUGAUGGCCGAUUCGAAACCAGAGGCAGAAUCACACUCUCUCGAUAGCGCGUCCGUGGGAAUUGCUGUUGACUCGACGCCACUAGCUAGAACAAAUCAGCGCAAACGACCCCGGGCCUCCGAUUUCGAUGAACCAGGGACCGUCCAGAAGAAGCAUUUCCAUGUAUCAGUUCCAUACGCUGCUCCUACUUCGGAUAAACUCAUCAUCGAUAUCAGUGACGAUGAAUCUCUUUACGGUGAUGACGAAGGCGAGAAUAUGGAUGUGGACUCUAGUCUAGAUCAGGAUUCCGCAUUCGCAACUGCCACUGCCACUCUCGAUAUUCCUCGACCCCCUUUUCAGAAAUAUCCUUCGACUACAAGAGCUUCCACGUCUACUCCACAGGCACCAUCGCGUCCGGGUGAUCAAGAGCAAAUGCGCCAGAAAAAUCUAGAGAUCCAGGCUCUACACCGAAAGAUCGCUGAGAUGGAAGAGCGACGGAAAGCAAAGCUUGCCGGCAGUCGAACUCAAUCUCCGCGCACUUUGGAGGAUUCUGGAUCUUCUUCUUCGGCUGCACAGUCUACUGCUGCGGAUGCUGAUCUUGCCCAGAACUCAUCCGCACCUCCCUCCACCGCUCCCAGAACAACGCGGGACCUAAGUCCCACUCUCGGAAUGCCCUUUGCUGUUCGUCCGAAUGAAAUUGAUUUUUUCAGCCCCUCGUCUGUGAGAAUACUAUCUUCGAUGACCAUUGCGCAGCUGGACAGCAUCAGGUGUCAAAUCUUGCGCAUGCGGGAGAUCGAGUCCGGUGCUCCUGUUUUAGAUGGUGAAUUAAUGUCGUCUCAAGCCCGGCUUGCUGCCUGCAAGGACGAUGCUGAUAAGCUGUUGUCCGAGAUGACCAAAGGGGAAGAAGGGCCACUCCAGCUUGUUGAAGAGCUCAAAAAUCUCAGCUACGAGAUUAAUGGGUUGACAAUCGCAGAUCUGGAUGAACUUCGUCGGCAGGCAGAGCUGAAGAAGCAGCGCCUUGCUCUCACAGACGCUUCAAUGGAAACUCGCCCCCCUGCAGUCACAGAGGAGAGCGUAGUUCCAGGUGCCCCUGCCCCUGCCGUAGAGGUCCUGGAAGGUACUUCGGUAAAUCAAGAUUCCGAAUCUGAUUUCUAUGUCCAUGAGCCUGCGCAACUUGACGCAGUCAAUGGCCCUGAGGACUCUCCAGCUCUAUCCCAGCUCAAGUCCAACGGUUCUGUCAUGGAUGAGUCAGUUGACCACGUCAGUACGGGCAGGAAUUCUUCCAGUGAUGGAGAGCCCCAGGCCUCUGGUGCAGAGCUCGAUAUAGACUCGGCCCCAGUGCCCGACACUGAGGAAAUGCAGCCCGACUCUCUAGAUCACCCCCUUCCAGACCGUCCAGCCCUUCCAGUCGUCGACAACGGCGAGGACUAUGAACCCAGCGACAGUCAUGGUCAGGAGGCCCUCCCCCCCCCUGCUCCUGUAGAAGACACGGCAGAUUCGGAGCCCUCGCUUGAUAUGUCCCAAAUUGGUGAACCACUAACGGAGACUCCUCAGGUGUCGUUCUUGGAGGCACGACCUAUCUAUCAGGGCUCGGAGACAGAAAUUCUCGGUGCUAAAUCUCCUUCCAACACCCCAGCACGCAAUUUCUCUCCCUACGUCAGCCCCUUGCGGUACUUCAAUGCCUAUCGCUACCACCCCGGCUAUGCUGAAGAGGUUUCGGACGGCUACCGUUCGCUAACUUACAGCCAUGACAUCAAUUCAAUGAAAUAUCUUUGCCCAUACGAACUGGCGGGUGGUGUGUGCAACGAUCGGUCCUGUGAAUUCCAACAUUUCCGGGACAUGAAUUUAAGCGACGACAAGAUUCUCAUCCAAAUGGGAGCCGCCCGGGAAGGACAAACCGAAGAAGAGAAAGAAACCUACAUCACCGGGUUGAAAAAGAUCAUCAACGAGAUGCGACGUGAUAAGGUGAAAGAUUUCAGCACUGUGGCUUCCGAGAUAGCUGCAUACCGUAGGCGCUUUCUCCAAGACCCAUCGCGUGUCUUGCCCCUGUAA